UUUAGUUGCGUUAUGCAUGCAUGAUUGGGAAAAGAUUUUUUUAUCAGAUGAGAUUACUGUUUUCAACAAUUGCUAUAGUUUGGUAAUAUAAUAAAGAAUAUCUAUUUUGGUGACAGCAACAGACACAGUCGGUGAUUUUCAAUCAAGCGUCGUAACGACAAUAUUUAGAUUCAUUGCGGCUGAAAGGAAAGAUGCGAGAAGAUGAUUGACUCUACAUAGAAGAACUUGAAGAUUAACAGUGAUAUAGAAAAACGUAAAGAUGAUGACAUCAGAGGAAUCCGACUCCCUAAGCACAGUCCCAUCAGAAGGGCAUCCUGAAGAUGUGUCAGCUUCAGGCACAGAAGAUGCGCCUUCAUCCAUGGUGUCCAGCGAGGCGGAGUCAGAAGGCAGCGUGUUAUCAGAGGCGAGGCACGAUGGCGAAGCUCAUACGUUCACAAGCGACCCCGUCACAGAGAUGACCAGCUCACAUACUGAGAAACCGAUGCCGCCGGUCAGUGAUUGGAGAAAUGUUGGCUCUACUGUCGGCGUUACUCCAUUCGUGCCUAAAGGAUCGAUGCUGCCAUGGGGUGGACACAAAGGUCCUGUGCCACCAGCUGACUCCGACCUGCGUCCGGGCGAAUUUGUAAUGAGACUGCUCUUUACUGAGUUCACCGUGCAAGCUGAAAGGAAGAUGGAGGCUGUUAUGGCUGAACCACUUGAAAAGCCACUAGCGAAAACAUUACAACGUGGUGAGGACCCACAAUUGGACCAAAUACUUCAGGCGUUUGGUACCGUCGCCGAACACUGUCUGCCUUCCUUACUGCGCGCGUUAUUCGGCUGGCUGGAGCGACAAAUGGCAGACUCGCCGCAACUCAGUGAACAAGCUAAGAAACCACACCAGGAUCUCAGAAACAAAAGCAUAAUAUACAUAGUGUCAGGCAGUGGCGCCGGCACUGAAACCGUAGAGCGCAGCUGCGAAGAGUUACAAGCGGAGAGACGGGACCUUGCAGUAGAGUUCCUAUUCUGUCUCGCUUUAAUAGAAGUACUGAAACAGUUGCCUUUUCACCCGGGCCAUGAAGACCUUGUACAAUACAUAGAGAAUGUGGCGUUCAAACGGUUCAACUAUAAAGAAGGGUUGCAAUCAAAUCCGAACGCCGCCAACGUGCACUUAAUAGCUGAUCUAUACGCUGAAGUUGUGGCGGUACUCGCACAGUCACGAUUCGCUUCAGUCAGGAAGCGGUUUACUGCCGAACUGAAGGAACUGAAAAGUCGUGAGCCAUCUCCGCAUACGACGCAAAGCAUCAUCUCUCUUCUAAUGGGCAUGAAGUUCUUCCGUGUGAAGAUGGUGCCUAUCGAGGAGUUCGAAGCCUCGUUUCAGUUCCUUCAGGAGUGUGCGCAGUAUUUUCUAGAAGUAAAAGAUAAAGAUAUCCGACAUGCUCUAGCUGGACUCUUCGUUGAAAUUCUCGUGCCAGUUGCAGCGACUGUCAAGAACGAAGUGAAUGUUCCCUGUCUGAAGAACUUCGUAGAGAUGCUGUACAGCCACACUUUGGACGCCAGUACUAAGUCCAAGCAUCGGUUGGCGUUGUUCCCGCUGGUCACCUGUCUCCUGUGCGUUUCACAAAAACAAUUCUUCUUGGCUAAUUGGCAUUGCUUCUUGGCCAUGUGUUUAUCACACCUCAAGAAUAGAGACCCCAAAAUGUGUCGGGUGGCAUUAGAAUCCUUAUAUCGGCUGUUAUGGGUGUACAUGAUCAGAAUUAAAUGCGAAAGUAAUUCCGCCACCCAAUCCCGUCUGCAAAGCAUCGUCAACUCUCUGUUCCCCAAAGGAUCUAAAGGAGUAGUACCACGUGACAUGCCGCUAAACAUUUUCGUCAAAAUAAUACAGUUUAUAGCACAAGAAAGGCUUGACUUCGCGAUGCGAGAAAUUGUUUUUGACCUACUCAUGGUAGGAAGACCUAUCAAAAUUAUACUGACUCCAGAAAGAAUGUCUAUCGGUCUCCGAGCCUUUCUGGUUGUAGCGGAUAGCUUACAGCAGAAAGAAGGGGAGCCACCGAUGCCUCGGACAUCGGGAACCCUUCCUUCUGGGAAUACACUGCGAGUGAAGAAAACGUUCUUAAAUAAGAUGUUGACGGACGAGACCGCACGGUCUAUUGGCAUGAGCCCGUACUUCCCGUACGUUAGACGAGUGCUGGUCGAGAUACUAAGAGCUUUGGACGCACACUAUGGUCGGCCGUUGAUGCUGACCAACACGCAGAAUGUGACGAAGGAACAGGAGAUCAAUACUGGGGAGAGGAAGCCCAGAAUUGAUCUGUUUAGGACUUGUGUUGCUGCCAUACCAAGACUGAUUCCCGAGGGUAUGAGCUCAAGUGAGUUGGUGGACCUCCUGAGUCGACUCACCGUUCACAUGGACGAAGAGUUGAGGGGCCUCUCCUUCCAAAGCCUUCAGACUCUGAUUGUGGACUUCCCCGAGUGGCGGCAAGAUGUCCUCGCAGGGUUCACGCAGUUCCUAGCCAAAGAAGUUCAGGACACGUCACCGCAACUAGUGGAAAACGGUCUUCGGAUGCUGUUACAACUGCUAACUAGUUGGAAGAACGGCGAGCCCACAGUGAGCAGUGUUCCUACAAAGCAAGAGCCCUUGGCUUCUGUGAUCCGCGGCGCCGAAGCCCUGGGCCUUGUGAUGUUGUGUCAGUGUAAGGCGUACCCGAGGCGGCUUGCUGUGCAUGUGCUAAGGGAGGCCAAAUAUCUACUAGAGAAACUACAACUGACCCGUGACGAGCCCGCGUUGAUUGAUGCGGCUGACGCACAUACAGCGUACUUCGCGGAGAAAUGUCUGCCGUUACUGCCACCGGCGGAGAAGGGAGCCAUCUUCACGGCAGGACAGAUCGACCUCGUGUGGCUAGCUGAGAGAAGCCAUGCGGUCUGGACUGCAGGUAUUCAACAUGACGAAACUUCGAGUAAGAAUAGUUGGAGCGGCAGCGCUUCCAACGGCGCUGAUCCUUGGGAGGUGGUAUUGUUCGGUCUGUUGGAAAGGAGUAGGGUACCAGCCCGGUGCCCUUCCACUAUCCUGCAAGCAUGGCCCAUUCUGCACGCCAGGAUACAUGCACUUUUCACCAUCAUAGAACCAGCACCUGUGAAUGACAACCGAGCGUCAUUGCUAUCACGUGGGCCGGCCUUGCCGAGAAAACCCGAGAAAGAACGAGACGGAUACAUGCAAGUUUGGAAGUACUACAUGACAAUGGCCUACCUAGUAGUGCCGGCUGUACCAAGCCCAGUUAUCCGCUGCGCGAGUCCAGACCUUAGUCUGAGUAGCACUGAGGCGGAGGGGUGGGUCGGCCUGGCCGCGCUGAGCUCGUCCAGCGAGAGCCUCAACGCGCCCGGCGGCUUCUUCACGCUGCCCUUGAGCUAUGCGCGCGCGCACAGACAACACAAACGAACGAGCUCGUCUCCUGAUUCGCUGAGCGAGCGCAGCGGCGGCGAGGCGCGAGGCGUGCAGGCGUCGCCGGGAUCCCUGCACAAGCUAGCUGUGCCUCUCGCAAGGUGUGAGGUGCCUGAAGUCCGGGACGCAGCCGUCGCCGCCUGCGGGAACAUCAACCCAGACGCAUUAAAGGAUUUGAUGGAAGAAUUGCUUCCUCUGCUGCGUGAAGCCGUAGAUCGUAAACAAGAGAACAUGCGCCGACGUCGACGGCGGGACGCGCUGCGACUACACCUCAAUAAGAUGUUACUACUUAUCGCUCAGAAGAAAACUUUCGCUAACAGUGCGUUCGCCUUAGAGGGAGGCAGUUUACACCCAACCCUCACGGAGUACCUUGACGGAGUGCGGCAGUGCCUCGAAGUGGAAGCUGAGAAGGAUGCGCCCGCCGCCCGAGAACAACGCAUAACAUUCGCUGACUUUACCACAGAGCUCAUCAAGAGCUUCCCAUUGGAGAUGUACGGGUCUCUGAUGAAAAAGGAACUACUCCGGAGCCUAUUCUCGCUGUUCUCGGGCUGGUGCGGACCGCUGGCCAGGCACCUUGGCACACUUGUGCCCCAGUCGGCACAGCAUGAGAAUGACGAACGGCUCAACUUAUCCGCUCUGAAAGCUAUGAGCGCGUUGGUUUGCUGCGGUCCGUGCUUCGCUCCCUCAGCACUGGCGGAAGACGGGUCACUCUACCCGUGGCUAAGCGAGAUGCUAUCUUCCACUCAUGACAAGAUAUACGAGUUGGCACGAGAGACUAUAGUGCUGCUUCUAGACUGCAACCCCGACAUUGGACCGCUCUUGGACUGGACCGUUGACAAAUGCUUCACGGGAACAGCACGAGUAGCUGACGGCUGUUUUAUGGCUCUCGCUACGAUAUUCAGCGCAAGGGAGUAUCCGUGCGACCACUACACGGCCAUCAUAAACGUGACUCUGAUGUGCACUGGAUGUCCUCGCGCACCCGUGCACGAGAGUGCGUUACAACUUCUGCAGCUGUUGGACAAGCGAUUCUUCGGCACCGUGGGACCGCUGCCCUCGGAUGAUGACGCCGGUUCAGAUAAAGGCCGAGGCACAUUAGACGCGUUGUUAUGCACAACGUACUGCCGCUCACAGCUGUAUCUGUCACGUCAGCUCUCCCAGCUACACCCAGAACUCACCAUGCCCAUGUUCUCAGAGAUUACGGCAAGGUUCCAGACGGCUCGAACAGAAGUCCGUCAACUCCUGCUACAAUACCUACUGCCGUGGCUCGUCAAUAUUGAGCUAGUGGAUCCCAACGUGCCACCGGCGAACCCGCUCUCCUAUAUACAGUACUACGCGGCAGAAGCCGGCCGCAGCGGCCGACGGGAAGGGCUGGGUUCUGCUGAAGCUACAGAGAUGGUCCUCAACAAUCUAUUCUAUAUAACUGCCAAGUUCUCCGACAAACACCCCAAAGAGAUUGAGGAGUUGUGGUCGACGCUGUGCGCUUGCUGGCCCAACAAUCUCAAAGUCAUCAUUCGCUACCUCAUCAUCGUGUCGGGCAUGGCGCCCAACGAGCUGCUGCCCUAUGCGAAACGCGUGGUGCUGUACCUCGCACGCUCACGACCAGAGAGGCUUCUCGACGAGAUGAUGACAGAACUCCAGACGGUGGAAACGCUGAACUGUCUUAUCGAGCGCACUGAGACACCGCCCUUCUAUCGGCUGACGUCCAUGAGGAAAGCCACCUCGGGACAUAGCGAUGGGCCCUGCACCGGUUCACAGGACGCUACGGGCAGGACUGGGGAGCUGGCACCCGUCGAAAAAGGCACUAUACACACAAAGAGGCACAGCGGUGAAGACCCUGCUAAAGCCAGUGGUGCCAAAGCGCCUGAGACCCCUAACGCAAGGGCUCAAGAUAAACGUUCGUCUGCCCCACCGUGUUCAACGCCACCAGCUGAUGAGGAACCGCCUCCACCUUCAGAUGGUGACGCUACACCGACGGGCAUGUGCCCAGAGGCAGGGCUAGUGCCUCCCGCAGGCAGCGCGCCGGCCACGCCGAACGACGCUCGCAUGGACGUGCCUCAGCCGCGGCCGCUGCCCAUGCCCGAAUACGGAGGCUUCUUCGCACUGCUCACCGAGUACUUGCCGGAUACCAGCCAGCCUAUCUCGGGCUUCCAUCGAUGCAAUGUAGCUGUGAUGCUACUCUGCGACGUAGUGCUGGACGGCGUUGAGCUUGACUGGUCCAUCCACGUGCCGCUCAUGCUACACAUCGUGUUCCUCGGAAUGGACCAUACCAGGUGGAUAGUUCACCAACAUUGCCGGCAGCUACUGCUGAAUCUCCUAGUAGCGGUGGCGGCACACCACGAUCACCUGACGGUAGCGCGGGUGUUGCUUGCCAGUCGCUCGCAUCAACUAGGGCUUGGAGUCCCACCACCCGCGUUGCCUUUGGUACCACAUAACUUUACCGAGCCAGACGCAGCUUUUGACAGCCACCCGCAAUGUGCGCACUCACCGCGAUCUCACGCACGUUCCUUGAGCUCCGACCCUCAAGUGACGCCCGAAGGUGAAUGUGACAAUUACCCGUCGCUCCCAGUCAUAGUGACAGGCGAGGCGGACGCGGAACCGCCGGCGCAAGAGACCACCACUGAAGCUGAGUCCACUGAGUUACCGAUAGCUGACGUCAUCAAGUCAUUAGUGCACUUCCUCGCUAACAGACCCUUGCUGAUGCCGCUGUGGCAGUAUGAAGAUAUCACUGCUAAAGUAUGGACACUACGCAGCUGCCAGCAGAUGGCGACACUCCUGCGGCACGUAUUGCGCGUGUUCCGCGAGUCUCUGCCGCACGCGCUCAUCUCCGAGCGCUGGGCGCAGACGGCGUUACAACUCGGCCUCUCGUGCCCUUCGAGACAUUACGCCGGAAGAUCGCUGCAGGUGUUUCGCUUCAUAGGCGUGGCCAUGACGGGUCGCAUGGUUUCCGAUAUCUUAUCCCGCCUAGUAGAGACAGUCGCCGAGCAAGGCGAAGACAUGCAAGGCUAUGUCACCGAGUUGCUUCUCACGCUCGAAGCCGCUGUGGACUCGCUCGAGUCCAACUUCAGGCCUUUGGACUAUAUGAGGGACAUCUUCAAGUCGACACCCAAUCUCAAUAAUAAGGACGGUGGUCAACCGACCAAUGGAAGUCCUUAUACUGCGGGCAAGCGAUCUCCGGGAGUGUGCGUGGGCUGUGUGACGAAUCACACGCGAAGUACGAGUUACUCGGUGUCCUACUGCCUGCGGAAGAACAACGCCCCGCCGCCCAACACCGACAAGCAGCAACACGCUGAACGGGCUCGUCCGUGCAGUGAAGCAGCGAAAGGCGUUUGUUCGAACCUGUGCCGGUCACGGUCAGCUCAAUCCCUCAAGUUGCUCGGCGAUAGCGCUACACAGCUCCCCGGUGCGUUGUUGCAGGACGACAAGCUAACUAUACUAGCUACGCUGUUCUGGGUGGGGGCGUCGCUCUUAGAGUCGGACUAUGAGCACGAGUUCCUACUAGGCGUCAGACUGUUGGCGCGAGUCAUGUCGAGAUUGCCCCUUGACCGGCCUGACGCGAGGGAACGAUUGGAUCGAACUCAAGCGCAUACCUCGCCUUCUCUACAUGCGUUGCUGCUCAAGGGCUGUACACACCCCAAUACUUACGAACCUGUAGUCGGAGUGUUGGUAGACAUGAUACCUCUACUGGAGUUACCGGUCAUCGACCCCACGCAGUCACUCGCCUUCCCCAUGACCGUGGUAGCAUUACUGCCGUACAUGUUACUACACUACGAAGAUGCGAACGAACUGUGUGUACGCGCAGCCUGUCAUAUCGCUCAGUUCACAGCAGAGAAGAGCAAGAAGCUAGAGAAUCUCGGCACGGUGAUGACGCUGUACUCGCGGCGUACGUUCAGCAAGGAGAGCUUCCAGUGGACCAAGUGCGUGGUCAAGUACCUCUGGGACACCUACUCGCAUCUCUCGCAGCAGAUGUUGGCGUUCCUUGUCGAGGUCUUGGAAAAGGGCUCAGCGAACUUGCAGCUGCCAGUGCUAUCCAUCCUGCACUGUAUGCUGUACUACGUGGAUCUGAAUGCUCCCGCCGCUCAACCCGUCAACGCCGACCUGCUGAGAGCUGUCGCCAAGUUUAUCGACGUCACGGUCCAAGAUAGUAAUAAUUAUAAAGAGGCUAUGAAGAUAUUGAAGCUGGUGGUGACUCGGUGUUCAACCCUCGUGGUACCUCCAUACUGGGACAACCAUGCUUCCUCGAUCCUCGACACGGAAUUACAUGGCAAGAAGGAACUGCCGGGGCGGACUAUGGACUUCACCUUCGACCUUUCACAAACGCCUGUCAUUGGUCGGAAGUAUCUCCCUAAAGCGGGAAGCCAGCCCGCUACGGGGCCUAGCUCCCUGUCUAACGCAUCGAGCGCCACUCCCGACAAGGGCUCGUUGACAUCCCAAUCGGGUUCAGCCUCAACCGUGGUAGGCCCCGAGAUCGGCGGCGGUAACAACACGACGCAGCCUCAGAGCGCGACCUCGCCGCGACGCUCGCUCUCUCUAUCGCCCGCUGACGCUCUGGCUUCGGGCUGGAAAAGGCCCUGGAUGUCACAGAGUCGUGUCCGAGAGUGCCUGGUGAAUCUGCUGACGACAUGCGGCCAACGCGUUGGUCUACCCAAGAGCCCGUCCGUGAUAUUCAGCCAAAGUUCAGAGUUGUUGGAGCGCGAGUCCUCAAUGGCGUCCUCUCUAGAAGAAGUUUCUGGCACUCCGGGCAAUGAGCCUUCUGGCGGAGCGCCCCCCACUGACCACUUCGGCGUCUUCAAGGAUUUCGACUUCUUGGAGUACGAGAGUGAAAGUAUCGAGGGUGAAAGCUCAGACAACUUCAACUGGGGUGUCCGGCGACGGCUGCCGAGCGAGGAACGCGACGACAUCGCUGGCAUCGAACGCAGCCCACCGCCGCAGAUGACGCGGGUACCCGACACCCCUGUUGGCAAACCGAACGUUCACGAGGAUUCAUCGGAUGAGGAAGGUGGUUGGGACGACGGCGCGAGCGGGUCGAGGGGCGAGGGAGACGCGGGUGCCACGCACGAGAUGGUGCUGCGUCCGCGCACGCAUUCCUUCUCCAGCGCCUCUAGUGGAGAACCUGAUGGUGACCGCGGCGACGUGACACCCGUGCCGGGCGUGACGCCCGUGCUGCGUGACGCGUGGCGCGCGUCGGUGACGGCGUUGCUGCGACACGCCGCACUAAUGCCGCCGCUAGCACUCGUGCAUAGACUGCAUACGGUGUUGAAGGAGGUGACAUGUAAAACGGUAUCACUAUGCUGCUCCGGAGCUGCGGCGGGCGCCGGAGCCCUGGCAGGCGAGUUGAGCGGAGUCCUAGAGCGCGCGGGCGAGGAGCCCCCACUUCUGUGGGCCGGCCCCGCCGCCGCCGACUGCGCCCGAGUGCGGGACGCCGUCCGGUUCGCAGCGCUCGAGAUGCACGAACAUCUUGACACGUACUUCGAUCGACGAGAGCAUGCACUUGAGGUUCUAGAACUUUCAAGAGGUGCAAGCGACGAACUGGCGCGAUCCUUGUAUCGUCUAAUCUUCCAAUUGCUUCUACUGUUGGAGACCAACAACAAAAUGAUAGUAGCUGUGUACACUGCCGCUUUGGAGAACAAGGGCGUGGAGAUGAGCGGCGCGGUAUGUGCAGUUCGCAAUCAGCUGGCAGCGAGCGCGGCCGAGGCGUGGGCCGAGCUGUCGCCCGCGCCGCAUGACGACGCCCGGCUACUGCAUCUCAUACAGCGACAGAAGUGGGGCGCGGCGCUGGCAUUAGUGCGCGAACGCAACGCUGAACGCAUCCUAGAGAGAGGUGAACUGCCAGAAGAUGACGUCACCACGUUACUGCACAUAUACUGCAAGGGACUCGCUCAGGCACAGCCAGACAUGGUGGCAAUUACGCGACCGGUACACGAGCUGUCGCAGAACUUAUCCUUCAUGAUGGAGAGCCUCUACAAGGUGUCAGUGGCCUUGCAGCGUCAGGAGUACGGCUGAGGCAGCCCCGCGCCCCACGCCGCCGCCGACACUCGCGCCUACUCCACUACGUUAUAACAACAUCAUCACUAAUUAAUAUUCAACUAAAUAACUAUUUGUGUUACCACUACAUUAAUGUUAGAUGCCAAUAGUUGCAAUAUAUCCUAAUAUAGAAUUAUUGCUACUUUAACUAAUGGUGGCCUACAGUAAAAUGUUAAACUUUACCCAUUCAUAUAGAGAGCGUUCAUGAGAUAGCUUUCAGUCUGAUGUAAUUUAGACCCUAAACGAUAUAUCACUAUGAAUCAUAUACUCAAGUAGCAUAUUAGAUAGCGAACGAAUUUAAGCAUUUAGACAUAGUAAGGCCAAGCCCACUCUAUGUCAGACUCCAGAUCAAUUUGUUCCCAGGACUAUAUGAGCUUAUUGUAUCGCGCAUAUUUUGCUAUUUAGUCUGUAUUUUACUAAUAGUUUUCCAUAUCACCAUUUUUAGUAAUUAAUGACAAUUGACAAUUUGCAGCGGCGAAGCGUAUUUAAUAAAAUCACACUAUAAUAAUUAAUGGAAAUCGAUAUAAUAUACUAAUAAAUUAAAGUACUAAGUUUUCAAUAUAACUGAUCUCAGGUAGUGUAUAAUAAAUAUGUGCUUUAGAAAAAACUAUGACGAUGGCCGGUCCGGCGAGUGGGCGCCCGUCGCACCAUCGACCAAAUAUUUGAAUGUUAUUAUAAUGUGUUGACUUCACCCGGGUGAAGUCGCCUCCGUCGUCUCGUAACGCGACGCCUCACGCUUAUUACCACAACACUAUUUAGUGUUACUUCUACGCCGUUUAUCACUCUCUUUAUUUUAUUUCUACGCUGUUUUAUUUCAUGCUAACAGCAUUAUUUAUAAUAUUUUUUUAACCUUUCAUUGUGACAUGUUUACUUUUGUAAUAAUGUGGAUAACAUACUUAUUUAUUAUUUUGUAUUAAUUUAAUGACGAUGGAUUUUGUUUAUGUUAGAUUUGAGAGCUAAGAGGGACUGCAUUAUAAUUAUAUUAAUUUAUGGGAUUAGUAAAAAUUAUUGUAUAUUUAUACACAUAUAUAUUUUUAACCAAAUUAUAAUCACAACAAAAUAUAAGGACAGUCCAAUAUGUGUAUCUAACAUAAACAGGGUCUGUAUAAAAAAUAAUUGUAAUAAUUAUGUACUAAUUUGUAACCAAUUGUAAAAUGUAUUUAAAUGAAAUAAAUAAAUACAAAUUGAA